AUGGGGAGGCGAGUGGACUCGAAUUUUGUGGAGUUUUUGGGAAACUACCUCCGGGUUCUUCUAUUUUUCCUCGUUUGCGUCAUGUACAAGCGGCCAGUGGCGUGUGCGGGGCUGGCAGCGCUGGUGCGGCUGUGGCAGGAACUGAAAAAGUGCAACGCGGCACUGCGAGUGCACAAGGACAGCUGGCGCCUACACACUGGCCGAUUCCUGCUGCAACUAGCCCUGUGGGUUGUGGCAUUCUGCUUCAGAGUUGUGCCGGCUCUCUCACUCGCCCUCAGCCUUUCCCUCUUUGUUAUUCUGUUGCACAGCUCACUACGCCACCCACCGCCCCUGCAGCCCCUGCGUCAACUGAGCCGCAGUGCCAGCAGCAGGCAGCGACAAGGAUCGCAGGCGAGAUGA